CUCUAAAACUCCCGACACGUCAAGCACCAUGCGGAGCGACGUGACCGCAGAGGAGUUGGCCAUGCUGCAGCGGCCGUUCGUGCGCGGCGAGACCGACAUCUUCGCGUACCUGACGGCGCUCAUGAAGCAGCGCACGCUCAUCUUCGACGGCGGUAUGGGGACAAUGAUCCAGACGCACAAAUUCACAGAGGAGGAUUUCCGUGGCGAGCGGUUCAAGGACUCUCCGUGCCUCGUUAAGGGCAACAACGACUUGCUGUCCAUCACACAGCCACAGGUCAUCAAGGACAUCCACAAGCAAUACAUGCAAAUUGGCCGGGCGCAACUCAUUGGCACCAAUACGUUUUCCGGCACAACAAUCGCCCAGGCCGACUACCAGAUGGAACACUUGGCCUACGAGCUCAACUACGAGUCGGCCAAGCUGGCCAGAGAGGCGGCCGACGAGGUUACGGUGCUGGACCCACUGCUACCGCGCUUCGUGGCCGGUUCGAUUGGCCCAACGAACAGAACGCUGUCCAUUUCCCCGAAUGUGGAGGACCCGGGUUUCCGUAACGUGACGUUCGACGAGCUGGUUGAUGCGUAUUAUACUCAGGUUGAAGGCCUCGUGGACGGCGGCAGUGACGUGUUGCUGGUCGAGACCAUUUUCGACACUCUAAACGCUAAGGCGGCCGUGUUCGCCAUCAAUAAGUACCAGGAAGCCACCGGCCAGAAACUGCCGCUGUUUAUCUCCGGUACUAUUGUGGACAUGAGUGGCCGUACACUGUCUGGCCAAACGACUGAGGCCUUCUACGUCAGUUUACGCCACUCGAAGCCGUUCUGUAUCGGUUUGAACUGCGCAUUGGGCGCCAAUCAGAUGAAGCCCUUCCUGCAGCGUCUGUCCAACGUGGCCGAGUGCUUUGUGUCGGUUUACGCCAACGCCGGACUUCCCAAUGCUAUGGGCGGAUACGACGACACCCCGGCCAUGAUGGCCGAGUACUGCGAGGAGUUCUCGAAGGACCGUCUGGUCAAUAUGAUGGGCGGAUGUUGUGGCACGACACCGCAGCACAUUCAGGCCAUCGCAGAGAUGACGGCCAAGUACGAACCACGUCCACUACCUGAGCUAAAGGAGCCGUUCAUGUGGCUUUCGGGUCUGGAGGACAUGAUUGUGACGAAGGAACGAUUCAGCUUCUUGAACGUCGGCGAACGCUGCAACAUCUCCGGUUCUCUGCGCUUCAAGCGUCUCAUCAUGAAGAGUGACUAUGGUACAGCCAUGGACGUGGCCCGACAACAAGUUGAAGACGGCGCUAUGGUAAUCGAUGUGAACGUGGAUGACGGUAUGCUGGACGGUGUGGCGGCCAUGGAGCGUUUUCUCAAGAUCGCAGUGACCGAACCGGAUGUAGCCAAGGUUCCGUUCAUGAUUGACUCGUCCAAGUUCCAUAUCGUGGAGGCCGGACUUAAAUGUGUCCAGGGCAAGUGUAUCGUCAACAGUAUCUCGCUCAAAGUCGGCAAGGAGCUCUUCAUGGAGCAUGCGCGCAUCGUCAAGAACCACGGUGCAGCAGUGGUGGUUAUGGCCUUCGACGAGGAAGGCCAGGCUGCUACAGAAGCCGAGAAAGUGCGUAUUUGCAAGCGGUCGUACGACAUUCUAGUGAAUGAAGUGGGCUUCCCGCCAGAGGAUAUCAUCUUCGACCCGAACAUCCUGACGGUGGCCACGGGUAUGGAGGAACACAACAACUACGGUGUGGAUUUUAUCAACGCGUGUCGAAUCAUCAAGGAGCAGAACCCGUACUGUAAGAUCAGUGGCGGUGUGUCCAACCUGUCGUUCGGUUUUCGAGGAGUGAAUGUCAUUCGAGAAGCUAUCCACAGUGUCUUCCUGUACCACGCAGUCAAGGCUGGUAUGGACAUGGGUAUUGUGAACGCUGCCAUGCUGGAAGUGUACGAUGAUAUCCCGAAAGAUCUACUCAAACUGGUCGAGGACGUGGUACUAAAUCGUCACCCAGACGCAACUGAAGCACUUUUGGAUCGCUCUUUGAUCGAAAAGGAAAAAGCCGAUGCCGCCAAAAAAGGUGGGGCCGUCGCGGCCGCUGGCAGCAAGCAGGAAUGGCGUAACAAACCUAUCGGUGAGAGACUUACUCAUGCUCUGGUGAAGGGAAUUUCGGAGUUUAUCGACCAGGAUGUCGAGGAAAUGCGCAAGGUUGCUGAGAAACCACUUGACGUGAUUGAAGGGCCACUUAUGGAUGGUAUGAACGUCGUGGGUGAACUCUUCGGAUCGGGUAAAAUGUUCUUGCCACAGGUGAUCAAGUCUGCUCGUGUGAUGAAGAAGGCAGUGGCCUAUUUGCUGCCGUUCAUGGAGGAAGAGAAGAACCAACGUCGUCUGGCCAAUGUGGCCAACGGUAUUGCCAACGAAGACGAGGACGAAGACUCACAGUAUGCUGGCAAAGUGCUGAUUGCCACCGUGAAGGGAGAUGUCCACGAUAUCGGCAAGAACAUUGUGGGUGUGGUGCUCGGCUGUAACAAUUACAAGAUCAUCGAUCUGGGCGUCAUGGUCCCGUGUGAGGAUAUCCUGGCGGCGGCUAGAGAGCACAACGUCGAUGUGAUCGGCCUGUCCGGUCUCAUUACUCCGUCGCUGGAUGAAAUGGUAUACGUGGCCCGUGAGAUGAACAAGGCUGGCUUGAACAUUCCACUGAUUGUUGGAGGCGCCACCACGUCCAAGAUGCACGCGGCCGUCAAGAUCGCCCCGCACUAUUCUACUCCUGAACACCCGGUGAUGCACGUCCUGGACGCGUCUCGAAGUGUGGUUGUGGUCGGCAAUUUGCUUCGUCAGGACGAGGAACGCGAUGAGUUUGUGGAAGAAGUCAUGGAAGAAUACGAGGAGAUGAGGGAGGACUACUACGCGUCUCUGGAUGACAUCAAACUUGUGGGUUUCCAGGACGCCAAGACCAAAAGCUACCAGAUCGAUUACGGGAUUAACCCUCCUUUCGAGAAGGUUAACCGUGUGGGCCUCCAUGUUAUUGAGGACUUGCCACUGGAAGAGCUGGUGCCUUUCAUCGACUGGAACCCUUUCUUCCAGACGUGGGAACUGCGUGGUCGAUACCCGAACCGUGGCUAUCCGAAGAUUUUCGACGAUGAGACUGUUGGUGAUGAGGCUCGCAAGGUGUUUGAUGAAGCACAGAAAUUACUACAAGAGAUCAUCGACAAGAAGCUGCUUCGUGUACGUGGUGUAUCGGGUAUUUUCCCUGCGUAUCGCGACGGUGAAGACGUGGUCGUGUGCGACCCGAAGAACCCGGAGCAGGAGAUCUCCAAGUUCUGUAUGCUACGCCAGCAAGCGGAGAAGGAGACCAGCGACCCGUACAUGUCGUUGGCCGACUUUAUUGCACCCAAGGGCGUUGGCCAGGACUAUAUCGGUGGCUUUGCUGUUGGCGUGUUUGGUGUGGAGGAGAUGGCGGCCAAGUUUGAAGCGGAUCACGAUGAUUUCAACAAGAUUAUGUCCCAGGCCAUUGGCGAUCGUCUGGCCGAAGCCUUUGCCGAGUAUAUUCAUCGUGAGAUGCGUGUGAAGGACUGGGGAUAUGCGGCCGACGAGGUCUUGAACAAGGAGGACCUAUUGAAGGUGAAAUACGACGGUAUCCGUCCGGCCCCCGGCUACCCGUCGCAGCCGGAUCACACGGAGAAGCGUGCGCUGUGGGACCUGCUGAAGGCCGACGAGCUGAUCGAUCUGAACCUCACGGACAGCUACAUGAUGCUGCCUGGCUCGGCCGUCAGCGCUCUGUGCUUUGCACACCCGGACUCGCAGUACUUUGCAGUGGGCAAGAUCGGCAAGGACCAGGUUGUCGAGUACGCUAAGCGCAAGGACCAGACACUGGAGGAGACGGAGCGCUGGCUGGCACCGAUCCUCGGCUACGACCGCUCGGCGUAAGGGUGUCUCGUGCAUUGAUUCUGCGCAACUAUCUGUGGUGUGCUCUGCAUGAGCGGGACGUUGGGACGAUAGAAAUGCCAUUGGAGAGGCGGGCAUCCUGCAACUAGGCCUGCCUACUUCAUUGCCAUUUCUGCGUGCAUUUACGCACGGAGCUAUUCUCUCAUUUUGAGCUUCUUGAGCGAAUAGUCAAGUCCAGACGACCUGCCUGUAGAGGACGACACUCAGGCAUUGCGUAGGCCUAGUAAACAAUCAUGUGAACAAGACCUUGCGCGCACUCUUUUAUACAUGUACCCAUCGAAUCAAUUUGCGUUUCCUCUGUUCGAACUGAAAAAUAACCAAAAGUUUGCAAGGAUCAUCUGGCAAUUUUCCUUCAACUUGAAAAGGCCUC